AUGAAUAAAAAAUACACAUUCGAAGACAGCAUGAACGCUAUGGAUAGAAAUGAAGCUUCAGAUCCUUGCAGUUCACAAUGGAUGCUGUUGUGGACAUAUGGAGCCUAUAUUCAGGAGAAGCCUACGAUUGAGGAGAAAAAAGCUUUAGAAAUCUUUUAUAAAACUAUUCCGGAUCUAUGUACAAAUAAAUGCUACAACACAUUCUUAACAAACUUCCCUCCAAAAGUGGAAACGAGAAGAAAAUUAAUGGGCUGGAUACAAACAGCCGAAAACUCAUGUAGAAUACAAAAUGGUUUAAAAACGAGACCAUUUAAUUAUAAAGAAUUGCUGAGGCGAUGGAGAUACCCAGAUGGGUAUUUGUAA